GGGAGAUGUAAGGGCCCUUGCCGCCCCUAGAAUCGCGCACGCAGAAAGGGAGCCAUGUCGGGCAAAGAGCGAGCAGGAGGAGCUGAGCUGCCAAGCUAUUUAAAGAUUGUGAAGCAGCUUGGACGUGGUGCGUACGGAACCGUGUACCUUUGCGAGGACAAGAAGUCGGGCGAGCAGGUGGCCGUGAAGCAUGUGAAGCAAGCGGCGCGGCACGGAAAGAGCAUGCUCCGCGAGAUCCGGCUGUUGGCACGGCUGCGCCACGAGAACCUGCUGUAUCUUUUGGACUUCCCUGCUGUCUCUUCGCCGGACUAUGAUGACAUCUACCUUGUGCUGCCGUAUUUGGCGGCAGACCUCCACAAGAUCAUCCAGUCGCAGCAGGCCUUGAGCGAGAAACAUGUGCAGGUCAUCCUGGUGCAGAUCUUGCGCGCCAUGGAGUACCUCCAUGCAUCUGGAGUGGCGCAUCGUGACCUCAAGCCGGCCAACAUUUUGCUGUCCUCCGACUGCAAGCUCAAGGUCUGCGACUUUGGCCUAGCGCGGGGCGGCCUUGGGCUGGACGGGGACGAGCCGGAGGAGGCCUGUGGGACUUUGACGGAGUAUGUGGUGACUCGCUGGUACCGCGCGCCGGAGGUGAUGCUUCUGCCAAAGCAGUACUCCACGGCUGUAGACAUUUGGUCUGUCGGCUGCAUUCUUGGAGAGAUUCUUGGGAGGAAGGCAAUGUUCCCGGGCAAGAACCACAUCGACAUGGUGACAAUGGUGGCAAAGUUCGUGGGCAACCCCAGCGAUGAGCAACUUGGAUGGCUGCCCAAGGAGACGGACGCAUAUCGAUUUCUGCGGAAGGUAUGUCCUCAAGGAUCCGGCGUGAACCUGGCCUCGACGUACCCGAAUGCCUCGCCAGCGUGCCUGAGUUUGCUGAAAGCCUUGUUGUGUUGGGAUCCGCGCGAACGAUUGACGGCUGCGCAAGCGCAGAAGCACGAGUACGUGAAGCAUUACUAUCCUCGCGAGCCACCUACCCCGCCAGAGCCCUUUGACUGGACAUUUGAUGGUUUCAAAGCCACAGCGAAGAAUGUCCAGGUGAAGCUCUACGAGGAGUGUGCUCGCUACCACCCCGAGAUCCUCGCCCGGGACGGCGCUCCAGCCAGUGCCGCUGGCGGCUACGCCGCUGCCCCGCAGGCUCGGCAGGAUGUGUCGCCCAGGCACUCGAGGAGAGAUGCAACCCCAACGCGAUCAUCCACGCGAUCCAUCACUCCUGUGAGGGGAGCCAUGAAUGGACUUGCUCGUGCUGCUGCCGCCAUGCGGAUGCGGUCCACGACGCCGCCGCCCGCCGCGGGCACGACCCCUCGCAGGAGCUCCACCAGCAGUGGGCAGCCCAUCCGCGCCAUAUGAUGCCGUGAGAAGCCGAGGCCUUCUCUUUUCCCUGCAGCUGGACGACACAGCGCCUCUGGCGGCUGACGGGUGCUGUCCUGCCGUCCUGCCUCUGGCAUAGCCAAAGGUUGGCCGGCAAGAGUCCACUGCGGCAACUUUAGAGAGCAAGAUCGGUCCCGUGGAGCUUGAAGCAGCUUUUUGCCUGCGCA